AUGCAGAUCGCCAUCGAAGAGCAGCACGGAGCUAACCCGUUCUACACCUAUGCGAAUGAGAAGUGUGGCGGUGCCACAACAGCGGAUUUCGACUUCCAGAUGGACUACCUGCCGAAGGACUGCUUUGCCUUCGGCUUCGUGGAGCCCAUAUCUGUCGAAGGCCAGAAGGGCUUCCUUCAGAUCGACAAGAGGAGCUUCGUGCAGUGCACCAAGAUGCAGCUCCAGCCGAACGGCGGCUCCAGCAACAAACUCAACACCUACGGGCUCACGCUCUCCUUCUGCUGCCCCAGCCUGCCCCAAAGUGAGCCCGGGGGUGGCGCCGUCUCCGCCGCGCGCAUCAACAUCCACUACGCGAUUGCCGACAUCUACUUCGUGUAUGCCGGUAAGGAGAAAGGGGACCAGAAGCAGCACACGCACGAGUUCAAGCUGGAGCCCGGAGAGCACAUCACCGAGAUCCAGACUCGCUAUGUCCCCGACGUGGGGAUCUACAGCGUGGUCUUCAAAACGACCCAAGGCCGAAGCUCGGAGGCCUUCGAGGGCGACGAGAUGGAGUACAUGGACCCUGACGACAUGAAGAGGCAGAACUUCCAGGCGGGGCGAGGGAACAUGAUCGCGGCGGUGAAGACGAAGAUCACGGAUGGAGUGGUCGGUAUCACGGGCAUUACCAAGAAGCCGGUGAACCAAAGCGGGAAGACGGAGACGCCUUCGGAUCGCUUGACGCUGGUCUCCCUGAGCCGGGCCCCGGGGGAUGCAGAUACCUAUGGGGUCACUCAGAGCGGACAGGAGAUGGAGGCUUGCGUCGGCUGCGAGAUCUUCGUGUGGAAGGAUGGGACCAUCGCCCCAGACGGCUUCCAGGCCCCAGAGCAACGGCUCCCCACCGUGGACGACUCGGUCUUGCAGGGCCGCUGGGAGAUCACCUUCGAGGGUGAGGCUCCCCCGGGGGCCGAGGGCUACGUGUGGCAGGUGACUUUGUCCGUGGACGCCGCGGGAAGGAUCCAGGGCGACGGCAUCCCGCACAAGCGCAAGAAGCAGAUCGUCCAUCGGAAGGCCAGCGUGCCGGAGGCGCCUGAGGCCACCCCGUUGCAAAAGGAGAAACCGCUGUCGAUAGAAGAGAAGGUCGAGAUUGAGGAGCUUCCGGACGAGGACGAUGAGGAAGUUGAUGAAGAUCCUGACGUUUUGGCAGAGAUGGAGCGCGAGCGGAUGGACAUCGAGCGCGAGUUUGAGGGCGAGGACUCGGACGAGGGGGAACCGAUCCAGCCCCGGAGGAAGAAGAAAGCCUACAGCGAGAGCUCCGAGGAGGAGUGCUACAACGAAGACGUCGAGAGCGAACAGGAAGACAGGGAGGUGAACCGGGACACGCUGAGCGAAGCGAUCCUGCCUAUGUACGAUGCGACGAUGGAGAUCCUUGAAAUCCUUGAGAACUACAACGGGGACCUGGGACAAGUCUUGCGAGGCUACAAGAAGAUGUUCCAGUGCUUCAAG